AUGCAAGACCGAGGUCGAGAUUUUCAAGGUCUUGGCAUGUACAAGGGUUCGUUCGCUUCGAACCCCACUAGUGCCCAACACGGAUUAGCGCCCUUCCAGAUAUCGCACAACGGAGCAGGGCGUGCUUCAAUUUUGUCGAAAAUCCAAAAUCCAGUACGAGACGCCGACAACAUACAACUCGCCCAAAUUACGACCACCAUGUCUGACAGCGAGGAAAUCGAAGUUGCUGAGGGUGGUUACCAAGUCCUGCCAAAGGAUGUCACCGAGGAGAUUGGAAGCAUCAAGCUUUUCAACAAGUGGUAAGUUGCGACCUGUGGGAGGGGCUGAGAUGGCGAUACCAUCAAAAAUUAACAAUCGACGCGCAAUUGCUGACUUUCUCCUCCUCCAGGUCAUACGAAGAUGUCGAAAUCCGCGAUAUCUCCCUGACGUAAGGAUUCCCUUAUUCGAGCCCGAAACGACUGGGAGCGCAUUGGAGAGCGAUGGAAUUGGGAGGGAACAUGGCUAACAAGUCGACAGCGAUUACAUCCAAAUCCGUGCGCCAGUAUACAUUUCCCACUCCGCCGGACGAUACGCACAAAAGAGAUUCAGAAAGGCACAAUGCCCAAUCAUCGAGCGUCUCACCAACUCUCUGAUGAUGAAUGGUCGUAACAACGGAAAGAAGUUAAUGGCUGUCCGAAUUGUUGCACACGCUUUCGAGAUCGUGCGUCAAACCUGCGAGACAUUUUAGAAGGAAAAUAUACUAACGAAAAUUCCCAGAUCCACAUCAUGACCGACCAAAACCCUAUCCAAGUCGCCGUCGAUGCCAUCGUCAACUGCGGUCCUCGCGAAGAUUCCACCCGUAUCGGUUCAGCUGGUACCGUCCGUCGUCAAGCCGUUGAUGUCUCCCCCCUCCGCCGUGUCAACCAAGCUAUUGCUCUCCUUACCAUCGGUGCUCGUGAGGCCGCUUUCCGAAACGUCAAGUCAGUGGCUGAGUGCUUGGCUGAAGAGUUGAUCAACGCUGCAAAGGGAAGCAGUAACUCAUACGCUAUCAAGAAAAAGGAUGAGUUGGAGCGUGUCGCCAAGUCCAAUCGGUAAAUGGUUAUUAUUUUGCAUGGGAAAUGGGUUUCUGUUUGCGAAAUGGGGGGCGAUAUCGGUUGCAUUCUGUCACAUAAAAUGGCUUAUGAAUGCUAAAUCCUCUUGAAAGCAUUUUUAUUUGUUUUUUUCGCACAUGUGUGUGUGAAAUCUACUUGGUGAAUCUUCGGCAAUUGUACAGAAAGAUUGGGUCUCGCAAGAUUGCAGAUGGGCCAGCUGCAGAAUGCCGAAAAAGUGCUAUCCAGAAGUCUAGGAUAGGCAAAUUGUAAUUGAUUGCAAAAGAUCAUCAGGAUGACAACUUUGGAAAAUCCAUAUCACGUUCGUGCUUGUGUACUUUGAAUCUUUCUGUUGCUGUUAUUGAUUGGUUCCCAAGUUGCUCUACUUUAUGUCUCACCAAAUCCAUAUCUCGUCUAAAAGCAAGGUUCAACUGCCUAAAGCGAUCGGGAGAUAUAACCCGGGUCAAAUAGGGUUGAACAAGCAAGACGUGAUGAUGGGCACGACAGCUCGAUCGGCAAUGAUGAUCUCAAGAGCCAAGAAAAAGAAAGUGUUGUGAGGGAAUACUGCAAGUUGUAGUAUUUCCCACGGUUUGAAGCAGAGUGUUGAGGGGCUUUGAAGUGAUACUUGCUGUUGUAUUACCUGGUCUUAGCUGUCUGUACUCAAUUACUGCCCCUCCCAUAUCUAUAUAUCUUGAAGCCCCCUUCUCCCCUUUUCUCAUCAUCAGGAACUACAGUAUGAUUUCACAAUUCUCUCUCACUGCUUAUGCAGUCACUCUUCUUCCACUUCACCAAUUCGUUUCCUCAACCCCUAUCCUUGCUGAGCCUCGCGAUGCGUUGAAGUCUUUCACUCUUGAGCAGAAACCUAAUCCUCAUUGGAAAGGAUAUGAUGGACCGGCUGCUUACUUGAGAGCGUUUUAUAAGUAUAAUGUCGAACCUCCCCAGGCUGUUGCUAAGUUCGCAGAGUCGAAGGGUAACGGCUCGGGGAGUGUUACUGCCACUCCGUUUCCAUCGAGCUUUGAUAGGGUGUAUCUUAGUCCUGUUGCUUUGGGGACGCCGCCAUAGGAUUUAGAUUUGGAUUUCGAUACUGGAAGUUCGGAUUUGUGAGUAUUGCCUGUUCUCAUUUCUGCGUCUUUCACUUUUCUUUGUUACACUCAGAGAGGCAUUGAGUGAUCAAAGACGACUUAUGAUCUAAGAGCUAUCAAAUGGAAAAUCGAGUAAUAGAUAUAUCUAACUUCCACAAGUGGGUCUUUUCAACCAUCCUCCCCACAGCCCAGAUCUCGGGACAAAAGCUCUAUAACCCCUCCUCAUCCACUACAUCCACGCUGCUAAAUGGUGAAAUAUGGUCUAUCUCAUACGGCGACGGCUCCUUCUGCAGCGGAACCGUAGUCAGCGAGACCGUUGUCAUUGGUGGCAUCACAGUGUCCAAGCAAGGUCUCGAAAUCGCUAGCCAGGCCUCCUCAUCCUUCACCUCUGACCCUGCCUCCUCGGGCUUGCUCGGUCUGGCAUUCAGCAGUCUCAACGCCGUUGUACCAACGCAGCAAAAGGUCUGGUUCGAAAAUAUCCAGGACCGCCUUACGGCUCCUGUUUUCUCGGUGGACUUAAAGAAGGGCGCUGCUGGGACGUAUACCUUUGGGAAGGUAGAGAGAGAGAAGUUCAAAGGGAGCAUCGCUUACACGCCCAUCAAUAAACGUCGCGGAUUCUGGGAGUUCAGCGCGGAUGGCUUCCAAAUCGGUUCUUCCUCCCCAAAUUACACCUCCUAUCCCAUGGACUCCAUAGCCGAUAUAGGAACCACGCUUCUCCUGCUCCCCUCCGCGGUCGUCAAAGCCUACUACGCGGACGUGAAAGGCGCCACGUACGAUGCCUUCUACGGAGCUAUGCUAUACCCUUGCCCGUCCAUCCUGCCUGAUUUCGUCUUUGGGCUGUCGGGUGGCUAUAGAGGUGUGAUUCCGGGUGGUUACGUGCGCUAUGGGCAGGUGGAUCGCACUGGGACUACGUGUUAUGGGGGUAUCCAGGAUAAGGGCGGGUUGCCUUUUUUGAUUUGGGGGGAUAUUCUUUUGAAGGCUCAGUAUGUUGUUUUUGAUGCGGGGCAGACGAGGAUUGGGUUUGCUAAUAAGAGGGUUUGA